AUGAGCCCGAUUAAGAAAGUUGCACUCUUUGGCAAAGGCAAUGUUGGGUCGGCCACGCUUGAGCACCUACUUAAGGCUGGGUUUCAAGUAACCGUUUUUGGACGCUCCAAACAUGAAGUUCCUCCGGGAGCAAUUUCCGUCCAAGUUGAUUAUUCUCUCGAUACCUUGUCGGAGGCCUUGAAAGGGCAUGAUGCGAUCGUCAGUACUGUUGGGCCUGCAGCUGUUCUCGCCCAAAAGACUAUUAUCGACGCUGCUAUCAUUGCUGGUGUUCGGCGCUUCAUUCCGAGUGAGUUCAGCUCGGUCAACACUGACCCAAAGGCGAGGGAUAUCCCCACGUUUCAGCUGUUCAUAGAAAUCCAGGACUAUCUCAAGGCAAAGGCAGAGACAGGAGAUAUCGAAUUCACGAUCUUUGCUACAGGACCUUUUCUUGAAUAUGUCUUCGGAAGCCCUUUAUUCAUCGAUCUCGAACGCCGCGUUGUUCAGCUACACGAUAAGGGGGACGUCCGUAUCAGUGCAACCAGCAUCGCAGGAAUUGGAAAGGCAAUCGCUGGUGGAUUACAGAAACCGGAUCAGACCAAGAACCGUGUCAUCCAUGUUCAUGAGACGGUUAUUUCCCAGCUCAAGCUAUUGGACCUGGUCAAGAAAGCCUUUCCGGAGGUUGAGUUGAGUAUCACGUCUGUCAACUCCUUCGACGCAUUGGAUGCAGCUACUGCCAAAUUCGUUCAGGAUCCCACUGAUCUCAUUGUGGCUUUCGAGCUUAUCAAGGCCGUAAUGGUGAGUGGCAAGUACUACACCGAAUAUCUGGAACUGGACAACGAGCUGGUUGGACUUCCUAUCCUGUCGGAUGAGGAUCUGGAGAAGGACUGGGUACCCCUCAUGGCGAAGAAGAAGUGA